AUGAAUGCUCAAGAAGUUCUUCGAUCACUUGUUGAACAAAUAAAAGAUAAAGAAGGUUUACAAGGCUUAAUUAUUCUCGAAGCAUAUUAUGAUCAUUUAACAUCAAUAGUUAAUGAAUCUUCAUUAAAAACAAUUGAUGUUCGUAUACCAUUACAAACAUUAAUGUUUCAUCGUUCUAUUCUUUGCAUUAAUCGAUAUUUUCUCAUAUCAAUUCUUCGAACUCAUACAAUAUCAUCAAAUACAACACAUUUUGGUUAUGAUAAAGUACCUGAAGAUGAAAAGCAAAAUCGUGUUAAUGAAGUUUUUUCAUCUGUUGCUGAUAAAUCUGAUCGUAUGAAUGAUGUUAUGAGUUUUGGUAUACAUCGUAUAUGGAAAAAUUAUUUUAUUCAAAUUGUUCGUCCUAAUCCACAAUGGAAUUAUAUUGAUGUAGCUGGUGGUAUAGGUGAUAUAGCAUUUCGUUAUUUAAAAGAACUUGAUCAUUAUUAUCCAUCAUCUUCAAUACCAACACCAGAACCUUCAAGUACUCCAACACAUACAUAUAUGGCAGAAUCCGUUGAGCAAACACGUAUAUAUCCAACAUCAAAAUGUGUUAUUGUUGAUAUAAAUUUAAAUAUGAUUGCUGUUAGUAAACAAUAUGCUCUAGAUAAUAAUUAUCAUAAUCUUAUACAAUGA